GGGAGCGGCCCGGGCGACCGUAACGAGCAGCACAGACACUACGGCCUUGGAGGGCGUCCUUCCUUCUCCGCGCCGCGCCGGGGUCUGUGACCCGCCGUCGAGCCUCGGGGGCUGCGGCCAAGCUUCGCGGAGCCCCGCCCUCCGGCGCCCGCCUACAGACAGUCGCACUGUGACCUCUCCGCCGAAACCCUGGGGACGGCACCGCCAGGCUGCAGGCGCUCUGCACUGCGCCCAAGCCUCUAUGGUAUUUUGGCGUCCCCUCUAGCCCUUGCAAGUCGCCUUCGGGCACGGCCGGCGGCUCCUCUCUAUGGUAGCCGAUUUCCCCGCGCCGCCUCGUAGGGGCUUCACUCCGGAAGCGAGUCCGAUCAAAGGGGAGGCGGGACUUCCCUCCCGGAAGUGACCCACGUGCUUCCGCCUUAGCCUACCUGGGCGUGCGGCGGCUGUCUAGCGUUUGCGCGAAGUUGAGGACACCGCGGGCACAGUGACUGGCCCCAGGCCGUGGACUAGGAGGCCAGGAGAUCUUUCCCACGGCGCAGCGCUGAGAUGGAUCCGCUCAGGGCCCAGCAGCUGGCUGCCGAGCUGGAGGUGGAGAUGAUGGCCGAUAUGUACAACAGAAUGACCAGUGCCUGCCACAGGAAGUGCGUGCCUCCCCACUACAAGGAAGCAGAACUGUCCAAGGGCGAGUCCGUGUGCCUGGACCGCUGUGUCUCCAAGUACCUGGACAUCCAUGAGCGGAUGGGCAAAAAGUUGACAGAGUUGUCUAUGCAGGAUGAAGAGCUGAUGAAGAGAGUGCAGCAGAGCUCUGGGCCCGUGUGAGGCCCCAGACAGUAUACACCCCAAGGUGUGCCCUGCCCCUUCCCACUCGCCUAAUAAAAGUGCCCCUAUUGGGUGUCAUCUGUGAAGACUCCCGGGCCUCGGCUCCCUCUGGAGAGCCUCCAGGAACCCAGAGUAUGGUAGAGUUACUCUCCCCGGUUGGAGAAGGGGUAUUUGUCACACUGUGAUGUGACUGUGUAUGUACGUGUAUGUGUGUGUGUAUAUAUUAAAACAGAUUUGUUGACACCUACCACA